GCCAAGCCGGGGGAAACAUCCGCACUUCUUCCUCGCUCUCUCAGCUGAAGCUUGGGAACAGAUGGAGACUCAGGAGAUUUUCCCAGUUCCAUCUCACAAAGGACAAAUCCCACGUAGCAUGUCUGAGCAAGAGCCCGUCCAAGUACAUCUCAAGAACAGGGAGACUCCAAGGUCAGGGCAACAAACCGUCUGAGAUUAUUAUACAUGGUCCACCUGAUUAUGAACGAGAUAUUCGGCAUCGUAUUUGCUUUGCUGGCAAACCGACGGUGGUAUGAAGGAAGAGCGGAAUUGGGCAUUGCUACAACUCUCAUUGGUCUUGUGGUUUUCAUUGUUCCCAUGGUGGUUUGGAUGCUGCUGCAACCCAUGAUUAAGAGAAACUACGCUGGUCUUGAGAACUACAUGGGGACUGCCGCCGUGGUGGUGGAUGUCUAUGUGGCCUUACUUAUGGUCAACAUACAGUAUAUCAUAACAGUUAUCAUCCCACUUAUGAUCUUUCUCUUCAUUGGCGCACUUGCCUGGAAAUCGAGUGAAACCGGGGCUUCUUGGUACGGCAGCAGCAAAGAGGUUCAUGACGGAGACGGAGUGAACAGAACGAGAGCUUGGAAGCAGGAGAAGAAUGAAGGGUGCAAGAACCUCAUUGAACUUUUCAGUUCAAAGAGUAGCAACGGCGACAAAUUGGCAUGCUUUGAAGUUACCAACUACCUUUUGCAGCUAUCACGGGUGACAUGGACUCAAUACAAGAGAGAGCAAGGUUGUACUCCUAUUCUGUCUGAUUUUCUUCUCUUCUUGGGUUCAGCGCUAGGUGCUCUUGGAGCGUUGCUAGCAUCACCGCUGGCUGGAUUUGAUUCUCGUGCAGUAUCAAUACAGGUGCUGCCAGUGCUGCACAAGACCUGUACCGUGUUGCUCUUGGUAGCAGUUCACACACUGGCUGCGGAAUGGCUAGGGGAGGACAUGAUCUUUGUUUGCUUACCAGAGCUUAUUGCAGUGCUUGUAUGGUUCAGUGUUUGUUUUGGCCAGGCAAUGAGCGUCAGCAGUUCCGUGUCGCUGAAAUCGCAAGUCAUUAUCGGCUCAGUUGUGGCUAUGCUAGUAUACCUGACCUCCUGGCAAGCAAAUGACAGGAAUAUGCAUGUGUCCUGUGUCAUAUGGGUGAUUUGGAUUUCUCUCUCUUCAUCAGCAUUAUCUGGGUUCCAUGCUUGGUUGCUGCUUGGCUGGCCUGGAAGCACCUCAAACUCAGAGUCGGACAAACUAAUCCAUCUGCUCAAAGUUGCCUCGACAGUUGGCUCUAGUGCAGCAGUCAUAUUGUGCGUCUCUCUGGUGUUUACUGAUCCAAGUAUUUUGCAUGAGUCGGUAUCUUCCUUUGAGCACAAAACCAUCACUACAGUACUAUCAGUUUUGUGCACAUAUUUGUUGUACUCCCUCCAUCCCAUAAUAAAUGUCUUAACUUUGUGCUAGCUCUAGUACAAAGUUGUACUAAGCUUGAGACAGUUAUUUUGGGACGGAGGGAGUAUAUGUUAAGCUAAUGAUGUCCACGUCCUAUGUCUUGACUUAGUGGUAGCGAUAUUGUAGCCAUUACUGCACGACUUGUGCACACGAUGUAUUGCAACCGCUGUUAAUCAGCCUAUAUGUAUUACUGUCGCCCAA